AUGUUUUAUCAAUUAAUUUUAGUAUUAUUAUUUAUCAUAUUAAUUUAUAAGUUAUAUAAUUGUAUCGUAUUAUAUAAUUUUUAUAAAAAUCAAGGAAUCAAAUUUAUAAAAUCUUAUCCAGUGAUUGGUGCUGAAAUAGAAGUGACUAAAUUACUCUUAAAAAAUAAAAGUCAUGAUUAUAUAUGUCAAUCACAAAAUGAUUUAAUUGGAAUAUUUCGAGGUCUUUCAAUACAAUUAUAUGGAACAAAUAAAAAAACAUGUCAAAAAUUAAUUGAACAGAUUAGAAAAAAUAUAGAUCAUAAUAGUCCAGCUUUAUUUUCAUUUAGUAGAUUAGGUCCAAGCUCUAUCUCUUUUAGUGCAAGUUCUGAAUAUUGUUUCAAUCAACGUAAAACUAUAUUAAUUCAUGUGAUAAAUAAUAAUAUCGAAUAUUUAUCUCAAAUUGCUUAUCGGAACACACAAAAAUUGUUUAUAAAAAAUAAAUCAAAUCAAAUUAUUAAUAUUUCAGAACUUUUAACUGAAUGGACUCAAAAUACCAUUGGAGAAUUUAUAUGGGGUAAAGACAUCACGAACUAUAAAGUUAAUAUUUUUGGUUCUAAUUAUAAUUCAGAAGAGAUGUUGAUAAUGAAAUCAUUAAAUGAAACUUUUCAAGACUUGUAUAAACAUUCUAAAAAGAUUUGGAAUAGAAUCUAUUUCCCUCUAUUGAAAUGGCCUAUAACAACAGAUUCAUGCUGUCUUUUAUAUAAUAUCAAAAUCAUCCAUAAUAAGAUAGAACAAAUCAUGAGAUCUCAAUUAGCAAAUGAAACAAAAUCAAUAGCUAAGGGAAAAAAUAAAAGACAUGCAAUUGCAUAUAUU